AGGCCGACUAUGAGUCCACAUAUUCGUUGAACAAAACUCGUCAUCUCGAUAAUCAUGGCUGCUCCCCAAUUCUGGCUAUACGCCCAAUCCCGACUCAAUGAUCCCACUGUCAAAGACGAGACAUUCAGGAAAUGGUAUCAAGAGUACCAUCUCCCCGACGUCCUUCGAACAGGGUCCGUAUCCAGAGGAGAAUUCUAUCAGGCUAUCCACCCGGACAAGCAAUAUCGCUGGCUUGCAGCUUACCGGUGCGAUGAUUUAGACUUUAUGCAGCCAGAGAGCUUGGCCAAAAUUCCCAAGACACAUACCUCCCUUGGAACAACCAAGUCGUGUAUGGAGAUUGCCGAGUUCGACACCCGAUUGUUCCAGCAAAGUUUCGUGUUGAAGAACGGCGAGGGCAACGAAAACGGGAUAACAGGACCCGAUCGGUAUCUCCUGACCUGCUCCUUCCACUGUGGUAGCGAUGAUUACAAGGAGUUGGAACGACAAUGUGUCGACGGCGACAUCCUCCAUGCGAUUCCUGGGUCACGAUGGCUGAAGAUCUCCCGGCCGUUGGAGGAUGAGGACACAUAUUUGGGUUCAAUGAUUGUGCAGGGGCUGGAUGAGGUUGACGAGGAGGAUUUGGGGCAUUUGGAAGAAGACUGGAGGUCUCAUUUGGCGCAGACCUUGGGAUUGCAGAGGCAAUUUCUGCAACCUCAUUUGUGGGAACUCCUGAAGAGUCAUGACACAGAUGACAGCUGGAGUUCUGAAUAG